UUUCUUUUGUACAUAAAAUCAACCAGUUAUCAACCUCAGGGAAGUUUAUGGUAUCUUUCGAUGUUGAGAGUUUGUUCACUAGUAUACCUCUUGAUGAAUGCAAAGAUCUGGCGAUCUGAAAAUACAUUUAUCAAGGUAACCCUGGUCUUAAGAUAAACGCCGCUAACCUAAAAACGCUUUUUACCUUCGCAACAGCUGAGACUGGUUUUUGGUUUGAGAGUUGUUAAGGGAAAUUUUGUCCAUGGAGAACUUGAGCUUUAGUUGAUUGAGCACUGUCGUGACUCAAGAAAUGCCUAAUUCGGAAGAGGGUUUUACGUUUGGAGAUUUCACAGCUGAAGAAUGGAAAAAGUACUUCAGUAAUUCAGCAGCCCAAAUCGGAAAUAUACCACCGGUUGAGUUUCUCUUCGACUUCGAUUACUCAGAUCACGAGGAACGAGGCGAUGAUUUUAACGGUACCGCUGGUGACACCUCAACACAGGUCUCAUCAAGUGACAGUUCUGCGGCAGCUAAGAAUGUCACAGCAGGUUUUGAAGACUCAGGUGUUGAAGUGGGACAAGAAAGUGAAUAGGAAACUUCUCCAGGAAAAUUGGUGAGAACAACAGCUGGUGCAGGUGACACAGUAGCUCGUUUACCAGGAGCAAAGCAGAAACAAGUCACAUGAUCAUCAGAUAAAACCGUCCAAAGUAGCUCUGAACACUUUGUGUUUUGUGGAAACAGCAACAAAGAGCCUGAACAAGAUGUGACAGAAAGUAAAACUGAAAGUCCCCGAAGAACUUCAGCACCUGAUGUUGACAACUUCCCUCCCCUGUCAUUAACAGUGAACACCCAGAGAGCUCUGGAGAAGACGGAAAAUGAAAGAUCUCUCAAGCGUCACAAGAGAAGGAGGCAAAGAAAGAGGUCUGGAUCUGUGUCCAGCUCUUCUAGUGAAUGUAGUGAAAAAGAAAGGGCUUCAGUUAAUUCCACUGGCUCUGGUUCAAAAGGAAAAGCUGUUGCAUCUUUACCUACUGCAGAUAAAGUUGCUGUCAGUGAUGUCGUGAAAGAAACUUCAAAGGUACAUGUGAAUGUUUUGAACUCAGCAUUAAAGGAGCAAAAAUCAGGUGCCGUUUCUACCACAGACAAAAGAACAGCUGUACAGAGAGAAAGCACAAGUUCUUGUGAUGGGGACACUGUUGAAGAAAGGAAGAGUUCUUUAUCAACAGAUGGCACAUCAAACAGCCCUGUUCACAGCGACACAGACAUGAAAGUUACAGUUUCCAUUAGCACUACACAAGAGAGUAUUCAAAGACAAGAAUUAGGAUACAUCCAAAAACCUUACAUCCCAAGAGGACUGAUCAACCGAGGGAACUGGUGUUACAUUAAUGCUACUCUUCAAGCUCUGGUGGGGUGUCCACCAUUUUUCAACCUACUGAGGCAGUUGCCUUUAUUAAAGGAAAGAGGUCCAACAUCAACACCUAUUUUAGACAGUCUAAUAGUGUUUAUGAAUGAGUUUAAGAACACAAANGCUGAUAAACAAUGCAGACGAGAAAGAAGCAUGAGCGGAAUGGCUCUACACGGAUUUGUCUUCAAGAAGAUCUCAGUAACUGCCAUCCACGAGUGUGACAUCAGCUGUGAAAGAGAAUUCAGGUGCCAGAGUUACAAUUACGUAAUCGGGGAAAAGUCUUGUGAACUGAAUAACCGAACCAGAGAGGCAAGACCUAAGAACUUCCACUCAGACCCUGCUCGGUUUUAUCACGCAUGGUACCUGCAGUCGCUGAUAUCAGAGAUCUUUGGCGGUUUUUUGCGUUCAUCAGUUCACCAAGCUGGAUUGAAGGAUUCUGCUAAUGUGGAACCUUUCUUUGAACUUCAGUUGGAUGUGCAGACUGUUACGUCCGUUGAAGAUGCUUUGAAGAAUCUGGCUUUGAAAGAAGAAGUACAAGGUUACACUUGUACUAAAACUAAAGUGCAGGCAUUGUACUCGCAGUCGCUGAUAUCAGAGAUCUUUGGCGGUUUUUUGCGUUCAUCAGUUCACCAAGCUGGAUUGAAGGACUCUGCUAAUGUGGAACCUUUCUUUGAACUUCAGUUGGAUGUGCAGACUGUUACGUCCGUUGAAGAUGCUCUGAAGAAUCUGGCUUUGAAAGAAGAAGUACAAGGUUACACUUGUACUAAAACUAAAGUGCAGGUCGACAUUUCCCGACGUGUGACCCUCGAAGGGCACCCUAAAGUCCUCUUCUUACACUUGAAGAGAUUUAUUUACUCCAAGUCUUGCAGCCAAAAGCUGACGAAGGUAGUCGACUACCCCUUGGACCUCACCAUUGGAAAAGUUUCUAUUUCAGUUGUAUAUCACCAUGGCAAAAAUGCAUGGGGGGGUCAUUACACGAGCGAUGUCUGUCACCCAACACAUGGCUGGAUAAGAACAGACGACACCAGGCUUAAAGUUGUUCCAGUAAACUACGUUCUUAAACCCACACAGGGAAAAGAUCCCUACAUGCUUUUCUAUCGAAGAACAGACCUUAUGCCUUAAGUUGGCAUGGCAGGGAAGGGAAGGGAAGGGGGGGAUGUCACUGGGAGAGGUUAGUAGCUUUAGAAAAUUAAGCCGAGUUUACACUAUCAAGAUUUCCUUGAAAAGUUUCCGUGGUCGUUUGGGAGGGAAAACGUAACAUUUUUUUGUUGAUAAACAUUUUAUUAAGGAACACAGAACGCUUGCUCGUCAAUAUUUACCACGAGCUGGGAGAUUUGUAAUGGAUGGAAUUUUCGGAGGGAAAUGCCUCUUAAAACAAUUUUUUUCCCUCUGAAUUUUGGUUGACUGAUAAAUUUUGUUUGCUCGUGUAUGCAGUAAACGAUGUUUGCUUAGCAUUCCUCUUGCCAGGCCAAGGGAAAAUUGCUUGUGUAAAUUUGGCUGAACAUUUUAGACAUACUUGGUUAUCUUUAUAGCCGCUGGUCGGAUCAUGUUUUGUCACGGAAUGCCUAUGUGGAUUGCGUAACGGACCAAGGAACGGCUAAUUGGAUAGCCUAAGAGUAGGAUCAGAUGAUCUAUUUUAGGCACUACCAGUAAACAUUUAGGGUUACAAAACGUAAACGUACAUUUUAUCGAUGGAACUUCCAUAACACACUACGUAAUUGACGUACAUAACCAUAACACAAGAGGUGAAUAGUCGAUUUAGUAUGUACUAAAACAGUGAGAUAUAAAUCACAAAAAGAUGAUUCCAACUCAUUUAUUCCUGCAACAAUUACAUUAUUUUUGGGGGCAAAUCCCACGCUAGUUGAUCGAAGAAUAUCAGGAGUUUGAGUAGCCACUCAAAGCACUCCUUCAACGCUAUCCACUGUUUAAGCAUAUACUCAUGAGGCUUGUCGUGGUCACAACCAAAGCACAGCAAAGCCCGCCAAGGUCAAACAAAUUUUCGUUGUAAUCUCGUUUCUCAUAGAAAUAAGGGACUAACGGAGACUUCUAAAGCAUACUCGAAAUAUUGUUCCCGGUGAGCUUUUCAGCAAAAUAUCUGUUCCAUAUCUUCAAGAAAAUAUAGAAUUAAUUCACGGCGCUGAAAACAACCGGGUGCAAAUACACUGAACGUAUAAUUUGGAGCCAUACCUUCUUCACAAAAACUUCUCGAAAAGAAUUGGAAAGAUGCAAAACCUUAGGUUUUAGGAAAAGAUUAAUAUUAUUCAGAGUCCUUUGAAGAUACCACUUAAAGACAAGUGUAGGUUAAGUAGCGUGGGAUUGGAAAUGAUUGACUGAAAUUUAUGAAAGAAAAAAAGGGCGAAGCGAGUGUGAGACAGUAAUAAAAUUAUGAUUCGUUGGUAUAGGAAAUGGAAAUAGGAAAUAAGACAUUUUUUAUUAGCUGAAGUGUAAUUUCCCAAGUCAAUUGUAAAGGACAACUGAAAUUCAAUUUAAAAAUCACCAUGGAUAGUGACAUGUAGAUACGGAGAUAUAAAAUGGAAGAUGGCAUUAUUUUAUAACUGUGGAAAGUAGAUCUAAAUGUUUGUAAACAAUGUCGAUUUAGUAUUUCGACAAGGCUGUUACCUACAGCUUGAGGCCAGAAAAGGAUUUAAUCUUUGAAAGCAGGAAAAAGGAUAAGAUGUACUCUGAAACUGCUUGUCGAAGUCUUGUGGACGCUUGGAAAGCUGCUCUUAUGAAUAGAGUUCAUCCUCAUUAGUAACUAAUUUCGAAACCAAAUCGUCAUGAAACAAGGAUGUGUUGUGACGACAUGGAAUGAAGUGAUGACUUCAAAUCAAACAUUUAAUGUUUAGGAGAAAAAAACAAACAAGGUAACUACAGUCGCACACGUUCUUGCAGAGGUGAACAAUUUUUGUGUAACUGUGGUAAAAGUUUUAACAUCCAAUACUCAUUCGCGCCUGGAAUUACAAACGAACAGUGCAUUAAACACCAUUUCUGGCAAUCGCUAGUCAUCCAAAACGAACAUCGUGUCAUGCGUGGAAUUUUCACUGAGUUUGGCUAGUCAGCGCUAUGAUGGUCAUAGUUUGAAAACAGAACCAAAAAUUCGAAAGAGGGGUUUAUAUUUGUUGUAAAAACCUAAAAGUGGAGCAAACGUAAUAAGCCCAUCGGGAAAUUGAAAGAGUAACAUGCUAUUAGUGCAAAGCUUUGCACCCUUCUGGAUGGAAAGAAAUGCAUUUGCUCGCGGUUAAUAUGUGUUUGUGAGGUGUUGUUACAACUAUUCAAACAUUGAUAUUUGACUGAAUAAAUGACGCCUCUGAGACGUA